GGGAGGGAGGGAGGGAAGCGGCAGCCCCGAGCGGGAGGCGAGGGAGGCGGCGCGCCGGGAGCCAUGCGGGAGUACAAGGUGGUGGUGCUGGGCUCGGGCGGCGUGGGCAAGUCCGCCCUCACCGUCCAGUUCGUGACCGGCUCGUUCAUCGAGAAGUACGACCCCACCAUCGAGGACUUCUACCGCAAGGAGAUCGAGGUGGACUCCUCGCCGUCGGUGCUGGAGAUCCUGGACACGGCGGGCACCGAGCAGUUCGCCUCCAUGCGGGACCUCUACAUCAAGAACGGGCAGGGCUUCAUCCUGGUCUACAGCCUGGUCAACCAGCAGAGCUUCCAGGACAUCAAGCCCAUGCGGGACCAGAUCAUCCGCGUCAAGAGGUACGAGCGGGUGCCCAUGAUCCUGGUGGGCAACAAGGUGGACCUGGAGGGCGAGCGGGAGGUCUCCUUCGGGGAAGGCAAGGCGCUGGCCGAGGAGUGGAGCUGCCCCUUCAUGGAGACCUCGGCCAAAAACAAAGCCUCGGUGGACGAGCUCUUCGCCGAGAUCGUCAGGCAGAUGAACUACGCCUCGCAGCCCAACGGGGACGAGCAGUGCUGCGCCGCCUGCGCCAUCCUCUGAGGGCGGCCGGCGGCCGGGGCUGCGGGAACAAAGGUCCGCGGCGGCCGGCACCGAGAGCACCGGGACCGAGCACCGGGCACCGCCACCGGGCACCGCCACCGGCACCGCCACGGGCACCGGCACCGGCACGGCCGGGGGGCGGGCGCGGCGCCCCGGGCAUCCGCGGGGGGGAAGAAAAAAAAAAA